AAAAAACAAAUUUUGAAGACCCAUGGAUUCCUCGGCAAUGACAACCGACGGCGUUGUGGAAGAGAUAAUGAGGCUGCACAGAUCAUUGCCGCCGCGCCCUGGUAUAGAGGAAGUAGAAGCUGCCGACACUCUGAUCCGAAACGUCGAGAGGGAAGAUCAGUUGAGACUCGACGCAAUUUCGAAGCAGAGGAAGGGUAAAGAUGUCCCCGAAGAAUUGUUCAAGAUUCUGCAGGAGAUUCAGCGCACCAUGAUCUAUUUCCAGAGCAAGGAGCAAAAGAGUGAAGCUCUCAAACUGCUGGAUCUCGAGAGCGUCCACCUGGUGUUCGACGAUUUGAUUCAGAGAGCUCCCAAAUGCUUGCCCGGGUAUUCGGGCCCGGAUGAUUACCCGGAACCCAUUAAACCCUCGUACCCCUCUUCGAACAACAACAGUCUGAGUUCUACUAUGAACACCAUGGCAACUACUGCACCGUUGAAUUCUUCGAGUUUCUAUACCGAGAAGAAGGAGAAUUCGAAGGCUAAAGAUGUCUUUUACGCCAAGGAUGAUUCGUAUGUGAAGAAGACAAAGGCAGCCUUUAAUGUUGACGGUAUGGGUUUCGGUGUUCGGUCCGUAGAUUUUUCGACCGCACCCCAGAUUGUAGAUCCCACUCUUAAACCAGUUCUUGCUUCAGGGCAAGAUGGUGAGAAAGUGAGCUUAAUAAAACUUGCAAGUCUCAUCGAAGUGUCGGCGAAAAAAGGAACACAAAAGCUCAAUCUCCAAGGAAAAUUAUCCGAUCAAAUCGAAUGGCUUCCCGAUUCGAUAGGGAAGCUCUCGAGUUUACUCACAUUGGAUUUAUCCGAAAACAGGAUUGCAGUUCUACCAGAAACUAUAGGUGGGCUCUCCUCAUUACAAACACUGGAUUUACACGCAAACAAAAUCAUCGAACUGCCAGAAUCCAUCGGGAAUAUGCUCAACUUGCUCCAUCUCGAUUUACGAGGAAACCAGCUAAAAUCACUGCCUCCCACAAUCGCUAGGCUAGUUCGUCUCGAAGAGCUCGAUUUAAGCUCUAAUGGGCUCUCGGUUCUGCCCGAGACUAUCGGCUCGUUAGUCAACCUCAAGAAAUUGAACGUCGAAACUAAUGAUAUUGAGGAGAUACCUCACGCGAUUGGUCGGUGCACUUCUCUGGUGGAGCUGCGCGCGGACUAUAACCGCCUCAAAGCCCUGCCCGAGGCAGUGGGGAAGCUCGGGUGUUUGGAGAUUCUUACGGUGCGUUACAACAACAUUAAACAAUUGCCCACUACAAUGGCGUCGCUGUCUAGUUUGAAAGAGCUUGAUAUUAGUUUCAACGAGCUGGAAUCUGUGCCUGAGAGCUUGUGCUUCGCCACCACGCUCGUGAAGAUUAAUAUAAGCAACAAUUUCGCGGACUUGCGAUCUCUGCCGAGGUCAAUUGGGAAUCUUGAGAUGCUUGAGGAGUUGGAUAUGAGCAAUAACCAGAUUAGAAUUCUGCCCGAAUCUUUUAGAAUGCUGACUCAGCUUCGUGUGUUGAAAGUCGAGGGAAACCCUCUGGAGGUGCCCCCGAGAACUGUAAUUGAGAAAGGGCCUCAGGAAAUUGUUCAGUACAUGGCUAAUCUUGCUGCGCAGAAGGACGUAAAGACACAGACGGUCAAGCAGAAGAAGUCGUGGGCGCAGAUAUGCUUUUUUUCGAAAUCCAACAAACGCAAAAGAAGCGGUGGACUUUGCUAAAGCGAAAAGACUGAUAUGGUAAUCGAGCUCGAUGAUUGGAGGGGGAGAGGUUUUUCGAUUUGCCACAUUUUGGGACAUCAACAAAGGAAGCUUUAUGUUCAGAUACGGUUCCGAUCCUUGUUUUAACACAUUAUAGGUUCAUCACAUUUUAUUUUAAUUUUUUGUCAUUUGCUGUAUUUAAUUUUUUUUUCUUUGUUUCGAAACAAAGAUCUAGAAAUGAGCUGUACAUUAUGUACAACCGGCAUGAACAGAAAAGGGAAAGAUGUAAUUUUUACCACUUAUUCUGUUGUGAAACUUAAUUCACUAUGUUGUAAAAGAAUGAAACACUUAUUUAUUCUUUGAUUAAAUUAUGUGUAACAAGUCGUCGAACCUCCUAGGGUCUCGUUUGGUUACAGCAAUAAAAAUUAGCCGAACGGGGAUUAUCCAAUCUUGUUACGACCUAGUUGUAUAGUUGGACUAUGGAAGGGUCCGGUAGACGGUAUCUUGACAACCAAACGAAGCCUUCUAGAGUUACGUUGUUUUUAGUGUGUCUGUGAGAUUAUCGGUUCCCGUAUUUUAUGCUAUCUGAUCUAUACUUA